AUGUCAUCGUCGAAUACAACUGUAAAUAUGAUUGCAUCGUUGAGCAGUGCAUCAAAUUUCCUCAAUUGCUAUUUUCCUAUUUUUAUCUUUAUAUUCGGUAUCAUUGGUAAUCUUCUCAAUGUUUUUGUCUUAAAUCAACCAACACUUCGUUUAAAUAUAUCUGCUCUUUUCUUUAAUUUCUCAUCAAUCGCUGAACUCCUUGCUAUUUUUAGUGGUCUUAUCGCUCAAAUGCUGUCUGGCUAUGUAGCUGAUUUGAGUGCGACUAUUGGAUGGAUUUGUAAAGUUCGAAGUAUUGUCCUUUAUUGUUCAAGAACAAUAGUCUUAUGGUUAAUCGUUUUAGCAAGCGUUGAUCGAUGGUUAACAUCCAGUACAAGUGUGAGGUUACGACGAAUGAGUACUAUGAAAAAUGCUCGGCGAAGUAUGUUUGUUGUUCUCGUUUAUACAUGUAUUCUCAAUGCUCCAACACUCUAUUGUUUUGAAGCCAAUAACCUUUCACCUCCUCGUCCAUGUUAUGCUUCAACAUAUAUGUGUCGUGUGAUCACGGAUCUGCUCUAUGCAUUUGGUACCACACUAUUUCCAUUGCUAUUGAUGAUUAUUUUUGGAUUCAUGACUAUUAAAAACGUCCAUCAUGCGCGAAUUCGUAUACAAAUGACGACUAAUUUAGAACAGAAUCUUAAGAAUACGAUAGCAUCAACGACUAUAAAUAGACAAUUGCAAGCAAGAAAACUAGAUCGGCAUUUAAUUAAAAUGCUUCUCGUGCAAGUCUUUCUGUUAUUUUUAUUGACAUGUCCUCAUGCUAUAUUUAGAUUGCAUUUAACAUUUACAUCAAAUCCACCACAGAAAUCAUUACAAUAUGCAAUUCAGAUAUUAAUCUAUAAUUUGUUUAUUCUUCUUACAUAUGUCGCCAACGGAAUGCCAUUUUAUAUUUACACAUUAUGUGGUGGAGCUGUAUUUCGAAAUACACUUCUUAACCUUUUAAAAACAAUCUUGAAUAAAAUUUCACAUCCUUAG